AUUUGGUAUGCGGCGGGAUGCAGCCAGUGAACGACGCGCGCGCGCUCUCCCUGCGCUUCAGUGUGAAUGCGCGCGAUCCUCGUCCUGCCACUGGCUCGCGUUCUUGAGGAAUUCGUGAUCAAUGAAACUGAAAGACAAAAAAAAUCCCGAGUGACAAGCCCGAGAAUGCCCCGAACGCCAGGUGAGGGAAGAAAGACACUUUCUUAAUGGAUCAUUUGCAUGUAACAUCGUGGAGUCUGCUUGGUGUGCCUUCCUCCUGCUCACUCAACUGCUAAGCGACGUCCUCUGCCUGCAUCACCAUUAGCACUGCUUUGUCUAAGAUAUGAUCUUCAUGAACAAGACCCUGUAUCAUAAACAAGCAACAGGAAAUGCCAUGGAUAUCCUUAACGCAGUAGAUUUCUCUUUUACAUAGCAUUUCGAGUGAUUCGCUUCGCAUUUUACACAACACAAAUUCCAAACUUCUCUCCGUAACUGGCCAUGAUUGACAAGAACUCCAAGUGAAACGCUGUCCAAGGGGAGAGGAGAGAGAAACGGCAGCCACAUUCAGAUGAUGGGGGCACCUGGCGGGCCAGCACUGGCUGGGUUUGGAUCUACGACAUCCUCCCUGGACCUAGUUGGCUGGAUGGUCUGGCCUGGCAAUACCACUGUGAGUCUGAACCAGAGCUCCUUUGGGACCGACUACAGCUUCAAUCUGUCCUCUUCUUCAUCCUCUCCUCAUGGGGUAGAAAGGGAAGCGAUGAAGGAAAAGAACUGGCCAGCCCUUCUGAUACUGGUGAUUAUCAUUUUGACAAUCGGAGGGAAUAUUUUGGUGAUUUUGGCCGUGUCGCUGGAGAAGAAGCUUCAGAACGCGACAAACUUCUUCCUGCGUUCGCUGGCGGUGGCGGACAUGCUGGUGGGCAUCUUGGUCAUGCCCAUCUCUCUUAUAAACAUCCUGUAUGAUUAUGCCUGGCCGUUGCCCAGCGCCCUUUGUCCAAUUUGGAUAUAUCUAGAUGUUCUCUUCUCCACUGCUUCCAUCAUGCACCUGUGUGCCAUUUCCCUCGACCGAUACGUGGCCAUACGCAAUCCAAUCGAGCACAGCAGAUUCAACUCCCGCACCAAGGCCAUGCUAAAGAUUGCUGCUGUCUGGACCAUUUCAAUAGGUAUCUCAAUGCCCAUUCCAGUGAUUGGACUGCAUAACAGAGAUAAGGUUUUUAUAAAUGGCAACUGUGCUCUGAACGAGGAGCGCUUCAUACUGGUUGGUUCAUUCGUUGCCUUCUUCAUUCCUCUGGUCAUCAUGGUGGUAACAUAUUGUCUUACCGUCCAAGCGCUUCAACGUCAAGCCACAGUCUUCCUUUUCGAGGGGAAAGCGUCUUCUCAGCAGCCUUUGCAGCCUCCUGCUCAAUCCACUUCGCAGCUUGCCCCACCAUCUGCUCCGUCUCGCCGCGGUAGCCUGAACUGUCUUCGUAUCGGCAAUAGUGACGGAAACACCCUCGGUCUGACCCCGCCGUCAGACACGAUCUCAAUGAUCCCGAGCUCAGAGGUUCCUUCUCAAAUGAAUUCCCCCGCCGGACGAGACCCGGGCGGAGCCCGUGGCCGACGUGGCAUGAUGCAGGCAAUCAAAAACGAACGGCGAGCUUCCAAGGUGUUGGGCGUGGUGUUCUUCCUCUUCCUGAUCAUGUGGUGUCCCUUUUUUAUCACUAACGUUCUGUACGUCCUCUGCCGCGGAGCUUGUAACGAGCCUCUGCUCAAUGAACUGCUAAACGUGUUUGUUUGGGUAGGGUACAUCUCAUCAGGGGUUAACCCUUUAGUAUACACAUUGUUCAACAAGACAUACAGACGGGCAUUUUCGAGUUACAUGCACUGCCAGUACAGAAGGGUGGGGCUUAAAGCCAUCCCAAUAAACAUUCCAUGUUCAUCUCACGCAGCAGUCACGCCCAUCCUGAUUUGCCAAAAAAUCGCUGUCGACCGUAACAGUAACUGCCGGAACGGCGAUGGGAAUGGAAUCCGGAAUCUGGAGCUCAAUGACAUGGACACCGACCCUGGACUGGAGCUAAAACCGGGAUUAUCAGAGCUAUCCAUCAGCAGCAGCCAUAGCCACACAGAACAUACCAGCAGUGUUUAAAAAUCCUUAUUUAUGUGACAUGGAUGCUGGGUGUGAUGUGAUCAAAGUGAUAUUUCUUGAUCUGUGUCAAGAUGCCACAUCACUGUGAUUGGCUACAGCCUCGGCUGUAUCACAGCAUAGAAAGUUUGCCGAUCGAUACAGUGACGUGACAAUAAACUAACAGGGUCAGACAAUAUUGUGUCAGUGUGAGGAAACUGAGAAGGAAUGUUUGUGUGUGUGCGCGUGCGUGUGCGUUUGUGUUAACAGGUUCAGAAUCUGAAUGUCAAUAAAUCCUGCAUGAGUAGCCAGUGUCCCACUAAAGCAGCAUUGGGCAAUUGAGCAUUGCUGACACAAGACUGCAGUUCAUGCAGCAAAUAUUUCACAGAGUCACAGCAUCCUCUUGUGGUAAACUGAAUCAUUACAUUAAGACUAGUAUGAACCCAAAACAUAAACAUGAAUUAUUUAAAGUGCCAGUCAGGUCCAAUUUCUAAGCUUCCUAACAUUGUUAAGGAGUCCCCUACAUUACAACACAAGGUUUAAAUGCAUGCAAGGUCAAAAACAGUUAUUUUCUCAAAUUAUAAAUUUAAUAGUUACCCUAUUUCUCAGAGAUUCCCAAACAAUUCCUGCAAAGUCUUUCAAAGAUCCAGCCUGCCUAAACCCCACCUUUCGGUAGCCUACUCUGCUCUGAUUGGUCAACAGACACAGUCUCUGCACAGUCCAACAAUAGUGCAACAUGCAGUGACCUAAUGCUAAUGUGACUUGCUGACAAGACAUCAAGAAUUUGAUAACAAACAUCAGUACACAUCAUUCAUCAUUAAGCUAAGUAAUAAAAACGACAACAGACACAAAAAUUUACACUCAUCUAAGAAAGGCCCUGUCCCAAAUGGCACACUUAAUGUGGACUUUCAGUCUUGUGGCCUUAAAGGACAAGUUCGGUAUUUUAGACUUAAAGCCCU